UAUAAUUUUCAUGCCUUUUUUCCCGUUUGGUUAUUUCAUCUUUCAGUCACAUAUGGAGAGAAAUACUGUGUGGUGGAUGCAUUCCUUUGGAUGCCGAGUAUUCCACAUUGCAAGCAACCGGAAGCCCAUGCGUAAUUUCUCCAUUGCGCUUGUUUUUGUGCAGAAAUGUCAUCCCCCAAGCUGUUACAAACAGCAGAGUAAUUAAUCUUAAUUGAGGAUUGCCAAUUAGCAUGAAGGCUUUAUUGUGUAAUAAUUAAUGUUUAUUGACAUUUGGGGUACAACACAUCCGAAUUAUGUUUUUUUAAAUGUGCAUUUGAUUUAUAAACUGUUUUUGUCAGUUGAUAUGAAAGCUCAUGAUGAAGAGCAUCAUUGGAGUAGCGGGAAACUGUCCCUCAAAAUGCCCCUUUGUUCUUGUCACUAGGGGGCAGACAAGCCUUUUAAUUUGUUGAUUUGACAAGACUUGCUCUGCCCUCAGACCAUAUAGCAUCAUGCAUCACAUAGGUGUGUACGUGCCUGUUCUUUACCAUCCUGCAUCCUCUGCAGUGGUCACAAAAAUGUUUAUGGGUUCUGUCACUGCAGCGCCUGAGAAGCUGCCUAAGAGACUUACAGAUCACACAGCAUUACCGCAUGCCAGAACUCAGUAACAGCAGUGGAUUGUUUUUGUCAUCAGCAUUAGCAGAAGGAACCCCUUGAAACCCAGACAGAGCAUGUCUGCUUUGGGUCGAGCUUUGAUGACAAAAUGUAAGUCCAAACUGUCCCCUGGCUAUUAGAGUGACCCCUUUGCUCUCCCCUGUACGCUGUCAAAAAUAUGAGGCAUGCCUGGCACUUAAAAACCAGGAUGUGUCAAGCUGUCAGUCUUCACCCCUACAGCGCCUGCUUUUCUUUAUCUAUGUGAGCGUUGGGGUGUGAGAGGGAGGUUCCAGCUUUCUUCAAUGGCCAAGAGGGCUGUCUCUUAAUUCAUUUUGGCAACACUUGUGCUUAGAAGACGGGCCCUUGCUGAGAGAGAAAAGGAGAGAAAAUGAUGGAGGGAGGAAUGUUUGGAGGCACAUGCAUGGCUGCUAAUCUCCUCCACAUGGAGGAAAUGGCUUUUCCAUGUAAAAUGUGUUUUUCCUCAUGUGUCUCUCCUGUACUGAUGAUGAUGAUGAAUCUCAGCAUGCACCCCCUUUUGUCUCUGCCUCUUCCUUUCUGUCGCUGCAGGCCAGAUAAACAGCUAACAGACACCAGGGGAGGAACACACUCUCAUCCUUUCAGCUCUUCUCCUCUUUUUUUUUUUGUUAUUUUCAAUCUCCUUUCCUUUCCUCUCCUAAAUACUUUAUUGUUACUGACGGAAAUGUGUUGAGUAUGACUAUUGAAAGCCGUAAUGUACCAAAAGGCAGGCACUGAACAUCAAAUAUCUACUGAUCUAUGAUUUGCUCAUGGCAGAUUUAGGCACAUUUCUCAAAGUAAGUGAGGUAGCACCAGAACAUUUCAAUGACUACUUCUCCUCUCCUCUCCUUAUGGCAAGGUAUCAAACCUUAAUUCUUUUAGCGACUGAAAUGUGUCUGUAGCACAAAGUAAUAAACUGUCAAGUGCCAAAAGCUGAUGUUGAAUAUCUGAUCUGGUAGUUCCAAUUAGUUAAACAAAUUUGCCAAUUUUCGAUUUUUUUCUGAAAACAAAUUGCUCAAAGUAAGGUAUCAAAAUAAGUAAUAUUAUGAAACUGGUGCUGAAACUCAGGUUUUGUUGAAUCAUUUUAGAAAAUACCCAGCCCUACCACUGUUCAUCGACUAGCUUCACAUCUCUGAUAUCCAGGGAGCCACUAACACACAUCUUUGUGUUUUACACUUUGAUGCUGAAGCACCAUAUUUUGCAUUUAAUUUCACGGACAACAAGUUACUGUGUCUACCUGCAUCUUGACUUAGCCACUGGCACCUCACAUUUGUUUUUGCAUCAAGUACGGCAGUGAAUGUGAAACGUCAACUUCUAAAACCUACUGGGAGGCUAUCGUCUUCAUAAGGCUGCGUAUCUCCGAUGUAUAUGUGAGAAAUGAAAAGCAAAUCAUACAUAACCACUGGCUUUUAUUUCAUGUACAUCCAUUCCCUCAGCAAUUAAGAAGUUUCACUUUCAGGCUUCUCCUGUGUCCUGAAAAAAAAGCACCAGAAAAGCAGCUACAGCACAGCUUCUCUCCAACAUUUGUAUCAGUUUGCGUGUCAGUCUAGCUCUGCUGCCAAAGAUACCGUGUCUCAAUCUACUCACAGUCAUCCUGGCUGGUUUAGAUAGGGGAAAAAAAGAAGCUUGGACAUUGCGUGAACAUCAAUACAUAACCUCACCCCCCACACACACACACACUCACACACACAUACUCAUGCUCUGUCACACACAAAACACUCAGGCUUCAGCUCCCUCCUUUGAUGUCAGUGCUGAACUCUGCCACUCGGGGAGCCGCGGGUAGCAUCUUUAGCGAAUGCAUUAUCAUGCUGCAGUUGUCAUGUGUUUAUUUUCAUUCCGGUGUCGCGCAACCCUCUGCACCCUGGGGGGACCUGGAAACCCAUUUGUAGCAUUGGCUGGUUUGAGCGCUGCCCUGGGUGCUCUUAAUUAGACGACGUGAGCGACUGUGAGAUAAUAGUGUGUGUUUUCCCGCUUUUUCGCUCAUCAUUUCCCUUUGCAUCCUAACCUUUUAUGUUGCUAAUAAGAGGGUACACCACACAUCUUUCAUGCAGUAUUGUGUAAUUAGUUGGCUUAAAAAGGUAUUUACAUUUGAAUUUGUCCCCCUAUGGGUGUGAAUAUUUAAGACUCACCAGCAUUAUGCUGCUGUAGAAUGUGAAGUGUUGAAGUAGUGAGGAAACAUUUCCAGUGAUAAGCUGCCAUUUUCAUGCAUCAUCAUCAUGGAUUAACUGUUAUUACUGCUAGUCUUAGCAGCUAUUUAUCAGAGUCACUAAGAACUUCACGUUAUUCAUGAUUUAUACAGUGCAUUAGGUAGUCAGGAAUUACAUGAAAAUAUGGUUAAAAAAAAACAAACAAACCUGAAAACCAAAUUGAGCUCACAUCAGCAAUGAUAAUGUGCUACCAUGUUGCUGUUUAGCAGGUACAAUGUUGACCAUGUUCACCGUGUUUGUUUAAUAUGUUACCAUUAAUUUGCACUACACAGAAAGUACAGCUAAGGCUGGUGUUAUUCUUCAGUUGAAAACCAAAUAAUGACAUUUUGAUAGUGAAAUUUCAGGCUUUUCGAUGCACCAAUCAAAAUUUAUCACAUAUCAGAAUCACAGUGGUUGCAUUGUUUGCCUGUUUCCAUUUUUUGGACGUGCGCUCUCCCUGUUUUUUUUUCAUUGACUAAAAAAAAAAUCACCCAGUGAAUGACAUUGUGGCUUAGUGUUUAGCUCUAGUCCCUUCGGUCUGCAUGUUAUCUCUGCCUUCAUGCAGGUUUCCUCUUUGUUUCCUUCCAACGACACACAUCAGACUCCAGCUGUCCCACUGGUAUGAGUGUCUGUCUAUCUGUGUUGGCCCCGACUUACAACUGAUUCAGGCUGGCCCUCCACCUCUAAUGCACGCUCCAUGAGGCUCCGUGCCUCCACGACGCUGAACAGAUACAAACAGAAAUAAGACCACCCAGUAGUCACAUUGCUGGCCAUCGCACUGGUGGAGCAGGUGAUGGAGUUUUGAUUUUGCCCAAGGCUCAAGCUCAGUACUGUCACAAAUAUGCUACCAGCUUUUGUCCAUCCAUCCUGCAGCCUGAUUUCCCCUCACAUUUAUCCCGAAGUCAUCAAGCUGAAGCUGUGCGCGCCUGACUAAUUUCAUUUCACAAGCUGUUGAAUGUCCCGAGAGGAUCAGCGAAACGGGGCCGACAUCUGAUGACGUAACCCCAAAUUCAGAACUAUAUUAAAGAAGAAGAUGUGAUGAGACAACCGGAAAAUGACACGCCGUCCCUGAAACAUCCAAAACUGAAGCUAGAGCAUCAUAGUUUCAAGCGCAGGGCCAAUGACCAAGCUACUGUAUUUGACGAGUUGGGAGUAAGAACAUGUUGCAUGAGACUGCUUUAGGUGUAAUUUCAGGUUUACCAUCUUUGAUUUACACUAUUGCAGUGAUAUCAGAAAUCGAGCAGCCUGCUAAACUAAUCUGAAAAAAACAAUACAAAAAAAUAAAUAUAGCCCCACACAACUUUCCCACUGGUAAUAUAUUCACUUCUUCCAUGAUGCGUCAGGCUGUGCCUGGUUGCCAGAAUUGCUCAUUUUGUUUAUCAUACCCAUUUGUAUUUGCGUCUGGAUAUAGCUUGCCAUUGAGCCCUUUUCCCAGAAGAUAAAGCUCCAUGAGUUUUCUGUCAAAGUCAAAUGACCAGGCUCUCCCUGGUUUGAGGAUCCAGUACCUGGAAAUAUCAGUAAGCUACACAUAGGGAAAAGUGAGCAAAGAGGACUUCCCCCUCAGGAGGGCAAAGCCUGUGUGAAAUAGAAGAGCAUUUAGUUCACGACGGACAGAUGGACAGCACACACACACAUCCCACAGGUCAACCCAUUAAAUCUUACUUUUAGUAAGGCAUUAUCAUGAAUGUUAUGUCAUCGUUCUUAUCCCCGUAUCCCACCGGUUGACCUCAGUGAACCCAGCUGAUAUGCAGAGACACACAUCUGCUGCACUCCACUCUUCAUAAUCGCGCCAUAAACUACACAACAAUGCUGGAGCUGCUAAAUGUUGAAUUUUUUUGUCCGUGCAGGGUAGGUAGCUUGUUGGCAGCAGACUGAAACAGCAGCACAUCUUCUGAGAGACUGCAAACAUCAGAGAGAGAGGGGAGGUAGAUGGGAAGUGCAGGAAGGGGGAGUGGAGAACAGAUGACCAGGAGAAAGGUGGAAACGCGUGUGUGUGUUUGCACAGAGAAGACUGUCAGUUGAGGGUGCCGCCACAGAUCACAGGACGGUACAGAGGACGAUGAACAGCAGGAGUUUUGGUGUGAUUGCUUGUUGUCUGGAGCGUGAAGGUUUUCUGUCUGAAGCCACUCUGGAGUCAAGUCCGAUGUGAGGAAAACCAAAAUCUUUUUAUUUUUAAAGGGGUUUUAGCUACAGGUGGAGUGUAUUGCACACUGGGACUGAGCAAAGGAGGACUCCUACUGGCUCCUUAUUUACUGCCGAAAAAAUGGAGGAAAUUAGUUUUGGUCCCACUGCAUUACCUGCGAAUAAAGUUCGAUCGGCUUUUAUUUAUGGUCCUGCUGAAAAAUCGUCUGCGUUAAGAGUCGCGACUCUCCUGGCGCGUAACGUCUACCACAUUAGUGGCACCGUGGCUGUACCACAGAAAUGCAGGCUUACACAAAUUGUGGAGCGAUGCAUGGGUGUGAUGCAGUCGGGUACACAGAUGGUGAAGCUGAAGGCAGGAUCCAAAGGGCUGGUGAGACUUUUCUACCUGGAUGAUCAUCGCUCCUGCAUUCGCUGGAAGCCCUCACGUAAGAGUGAGAAGGCCAAGAUCACCAUUGAUUCACUCUACAAAGUGACAGAGGGCAUUCAAUCAGACAUCUUCCAUCGGCAUGCAGACGGCAGCUUUGACUCGGCCUGCUGUUUCACAGUGUACCACGGAAACCACAUGGAGUCCCUUGAUCUGGUGACGUCAAACUCAGAAGAGGCCAGAACCUGGAUAACUGGCCUCCGCUACCUGAUGGCCGGCAUCAGCGAUGAGGACUCGCUGGCGAAACGACAGCGUACGCACGACCAGUGGCUGAAGCAGACAUUUGAGGAGGCCGAUAAGAACGGAGACGGUUUCCUGAACAUCGAUGAGAUCUACCAACUUCUCCACAAGCUGAAUGUCAAUCUGCCACGCAGGAAGAUCAAACAAAUGUUUCAGGAAGCAGACACGGACGAUCAGCAGGGCACGCUGACAUACGAAGAGUUCUCCGUCUUCUACAAGAUGAUGUCUCUGAGACGGGACCUGUUCCUCCUGAUGAUGGCGUACAGUGACAGGAAGGAUCACCUGACAGCGGACGAGCUGGCCAACUUCCUGCACAACGAGCAGAAGAUGGCCAAUGUGACUCCAGAGUAUGUUGCAGAAAUCAUGGAGAAGUUUGAGGUGUCUGAUGAGAAUAAACAAAGUGGAGUCUUGGGGAUUGACGGUUUUACAAGCUUCAUGCGCAGUCCAACAUGUGAUAUUUUCAACCCUCUGCACCGCGAGGUGAAUCAAGACAUGGAGCAGCCUCUGUGUAACUACUUCAUCGCCUCCUCUCAUAACACAUACCUGACUGGGGACCAGCUACUCUCCAACUCUAAGACCGACAUGUAUGCCUGGGUGUUGCAGUCGGGCUGCCGCUGUGUAGAAGUGGACUGUUGGGAUGGUCCUGAUGGAGAGCCGAUGGUCCAACACGGCUACACUCUGACAUCCAAGAUACCAUUCAAGUCUGUCAUAGGGACCAUCAAUAAAUAUGCCUUCAUAAAUAACCAGUACCCAGUGAUUCUGUCCAUAGAGAACCACUGUAGCAUUCAGCAGCAGAAGAAAAUUGCUCAGUACCUGCGAGAAAUCUUUGGAGACAAACUGGAUGUGAGAGAUGCACUGAGCAGAGAUUCAAAAACACUACCCAGUCCUCAAAGGCUCCAGGGCAAGAUACUCAUCAAAGGCAAGAGUCUGCCUGCCUAUCUGUCUGCGGACGCCGAGGAAGGCGAAGUGUCUGAUGAUGACAGCGCUGAUGAAAUUGAGGACGACUUCAAGCUUAAGAGCAGUAAUGACAAUGGUCAUCACCAGGUGGAAUCUCACAUCAGAAAGAAACUGGACUCUCUGCUGAAGGAGUCUCGGAUCGGGGACAAGGAAGAUACAGACAGUUUCAGCAUCCGAGCUCUGCUCAGGGCUACUCACCAGGGCCUUCAGAAGAACCUGCGGCAGAGCUCCAAAGGGGUUCUGAAGAAAUCCCAAAGCAGAUCCUUCAUCACGGCGCUUAAACAAAAGAGGCACUCUAAAUCCAGGCUGUCAUGCCAAAGCAUGGACAAGGAGGACGACAUACAGGAGACGUCUGGGAGGGAGGCCGGAGGACAGUUCAACAGGGGCGGAAGGAAGAGGAAGACAAUGAAACUGAGUAGAGAUCUGUCAAAUCUGGUGGUGUUCACCAACUCUGUUGCCUCACAGGAGUGCCUGAAUGAAGGUACUCCAGGUGACGUUCUUUCAUUCAGCGAGACCAGAGCCCAGUCUCUGGUCAAUCACAGAGCCGAACAAUUCCUGGCUUUUAACCAGAGGCAGCUGUCACGGAUUUAUCCCUCAGCCUAUCGGAUCGACUCGUCCAAUUUCAACCCCCAGUUCUACUGGAACGUGGGUUGUCAGUUGGUCGCUCUGAACUACCAGACAGAGGGCAGGAUGAUGCAGCUCAACAGAGCCAAGUUUAUGGUGAACGGAGGUAUUGGUUACGUCCUCAAACCUCCUCCCAUGUGUAAAGGCUCCUUCAACCCAUUCAGUGAUGACCCGCUUCCAGCUUAUCCCAAGAAACAACUCAUUCUCAAGAUCAUUAGUGGACAGCAGUUGCCCAAACCACCAGACUCCAUGCUGGGGGACCGUGGAGAGAUUAUUGAUCCAUUCGUCGAAGUGGAGAUCAUCGGCCUGCCAGUUGAUUGCUGCAAGGAACAGACACGAGUUGUUGAUGACAACGGUUUUAAUCCAGUAUGGGAGGAGACUCUGUCCUUUACACUUCACAUGGCUGAGGUGGUUUUGGUGCGUUUUCUUGUCUGGGACCAUGACCCAAUUGGAAGGGACUUUAUUGGUCAACGGACUGUUGCCUUCAGCAGCCUGAUGCCUGGUUACAGACAUGUUUACUUGGAGGGGCUGACUGAGGCUUCCAUCUUUGUGCAUGUGUCAGUGCAUGAUGUCUAUGGAAAGUGGAGUCCUCUAGUCCUGAACCCCAGCUUUACCAUAAUGCACUUUCUAGGAUCUAACAAGGGUCAUCAGCUGCGAGGUAUCCGGGGUUUGUUUAGCCGUUCUUCCAAGUCCUCUAUGGAUACCAACUCCGGUGGCCCUCGGAAACGCUCAAUCAGUGAUCACCUCCUGCGACGCACAAACAGUGCCCCAGCAAAGGGUCGGAAGAAGACCAAGAUGGGGCUGUCAGAGUCAGUGGCUUCAAUAUCAGACCAAAAGAACGACACAGGGGCAGGAGCAAGAGGAGAGGCCAUGUCAGGGAAGGAAGUAGGUGUGGAGAAACGUUACGAGCCACGAGGCCCCCUCAUCCACAGACCUAUCUCCAUGCCUUUAGACAGGCUUCUGCAAGGGCAGCUAUCCCUCUGCUCCCCAGACAAGGAACAACGUGAUAUGGGCUCAGACACGGUCAUCGGAGCUUGCCCCUUCAACAGACCCAGGUCUUCCUCUUUGGACCCUUUCAUAGAAUCCUCAUUUUCUAUUGGACCAAACAUCUCUUCCCCUUCUAAGACAUACAUCAACAGAAAAAAAGACUUUGACCAAUCAGGGGAGGCUUCUUAUCUGGUUAUUGGUGGAGGCAAUGUAAGAAAGGAAGAGGAUUACGCCAAUUACCAGUCAGAAGACAACAGAGUCAAAUCAAAAAUCAUCACCACAGGAGCAGAGAAAAAGUGUUUUGUCUCGUCUUCCAGGAACAGCCAGAUGAGAUCACAUAAACCAGAAACAUCAUCAAACAGCACACCAUUCACAGUUGCACCUUCAAUCUCCUCAUCCUCAUCCUCUGCCCCCUCCUCUUUACCCCCUCUUUCCCCUAUCAGUAGAGACUGUGAUCUGAAGAGUCCAAGCUCUUUGCAUGACAGCAGUAUCUCCAGACUCAUUGAUGCUGUGUCUUUGGGCAAUGAGCAAGAAACAUGUGGCUCUAUAUCUGCUCUGAUUGGUCAGUUUGAAAGCACUAUUGAACAAAACGAAUCACACACAUUACCUCAUGAUCAUACCCCUAUCCGUCAUUCAAACUACAGGCCUACCACCCCUACCACACUACAAGAUUUAAGGUCACCUAUGAAGACCAUCACUAACAAGAACCACUUAAGUCCCCAAAAAGUAGCUGAAAAAACAAAUCAUGAAAUCCGAUCACCGCGCAAGAUUUCCCAGGCAGGAGCACGUUCUCCAGCUCUCCUCUCCAGCCCAGAAACCGCGGAGCUUGAAGAGGUCUACACCAUUCUGGAUGAGGAGGUGCUGUUGCCUGUAUCAGUGUACAACCUGAGAAAGCAGACGGUCCAUGUUCAGGCGGACACGAGGGAGAGCACACCUUUAAAUAGCUUGGGGUCCUCUCCGGCCAAGGUGGUCCAGGGUUUAGGCAAAGGGUACAAUCUGGGCUGGGAUGACGUGAACAGAAAGAGGGGCGGGAGGGAAGAAAUUGAGGAGGCAGAGGAGAGUGUGUACGAGGAAGUGUAUGAUCCACCAGCACUAGCAUCAGUACCAUGCAUAGAUCAAAGUACUUCUAAAAGGUACACAAGCUCCUCUGUAAACAGUAACUGUUUCCAGUUUCUCCAUGACUCAGCUGGAAAUGCUUUUGCAGAAGUAGAGAUAAAUGUUGAUGAGGAUCCAUUGGAUAUGAUGAUGACCUCGCCGAAACAUAGCAACCAAUGGGAGGGACCCCUAAGUCCAACCAAACGGCAUGCUAUUUACCAAAACCAUGAGUCCACUCCCAACUACUCCCAACAAAAACAGCCUUUGUCAUACCGUGAUCCUCAACAGCAGUACCCGCCGCAUGCAUUUUUACAGCGUCCCACUCCAAUGAAUCAACCUUCCUAUCAGCUGGCCAAUCACCACCAACACCAGCACCUCUCCCAGGCUUCUUCCUUCCACAGACCCAUCAGCUCUAGACCUUCCAACCCUAGUCCACUGCGUCUGAACAGCUACCCUGUUCCUCAGAGCAAUUCUGAUGCCUUUAACAACAGCAGAGACUUCAGGAGUUCCUACACACAACAGAGGAGCUAUAGCGGCAGCCAGAUCAUAAACAGGUCCCAUCAAGAUAGGCUAGGGUAUAAACAGAUGGACAUGGAGCAAGUAAAGUGCUUUUAUAAUAGUAUCUCCUCUUCUGAAAGCCUCCCUGGCCAAUCUGCUGUGUCCACAAACAUUGGUAGAGAGAGAGGCCUAUAUCCCCCUUCUUCAGAGUGCGAUGCAGUGUACAGCCACCUGGACUAUGACUGCAUUACGCCCCCAUCAGAGUCUUUAACUCCUCAAAACACCCACUCACACUGUCAAAGUCAAACACAAUCAUACACCCCUCAUUCCUGGAACAAAAAUGUUUCCCCCAUCACUACAAAACACCAUUCACACCCUAAAUCCACAGAUUCUCUCCACUCAAAUGUAGGCCCUAUAUCUACUCGACCCCAGUCUAGUACCAUAGACCCCACAGCCCCCAGCCCAUGUAAGUCCAAGUCCCUGGGAGAUCUGACCUCUGAAGAUAUAUCAUGCAACUUCCAGAGCAAAUACCACAUUAUAAGUCGCAGUUUCAUCACUCCCCAUAUGAGGAAGCAAAAGAGGAUGGGCACCAUGGGGGAAGUAACUUUCCAAUCACAGUCUUGUGAUCCACUUACAGAACAGCUUCGUAAGCUGGUCAGUCUAGAGGGUGAUGACAGUGACAGAGAUGGACCCCAGCCUCCUCAGUUGCAUCAGGAAGCAAAAACCCCACUGCCUCAGCCACAGGUAGCAAGUGUAGCUUCUGUUGUUCACAGGGAUGUAGAUGAUUCCCCUCCACUCCUUACCCGGCGCCUAUCUUCUCGGAGCCAAAGCCGAGUGCGUCACAUCAACAUCCGCGCUCGUGAAAGACUGCAAGAGGCUCUAAAGCCUCGGGCAGGUGAGGUGGUCAAUAGUAAUGCCAGCAUUGGUGGGGUGGUAUUGAGGAAUAAACCAGCCUCACAAAAUCCACCAGCAAACAGACACUCGACUGGUUCUUACAUAGCAGGCUACCUUGGUCAGCUGGAAGACAGGGGACUUCCUGAGGGAGCUUGUACAUCAUUGCGUAAUGGAAAUGGGGAUCAUUAUGGAGAUCACUUCUACACAGAUGACUCUCUUCCAUCUGCUGACUCCAACCACUCUGAGUCAGAGCCUGAGGUCUACUUUCUGCUCAGACUCUAGAUCUGACCAUAACCUAAAAUGAGAUUAAUGAUCAAGCUGUGAUCCUUGAUGACGUUCAAUUACACCAAAAGCCAAGGAAAUAAAUACUAGCCAUUGUUUUUUCCCAUGUUCAAAGACCAGUAGGUUUCCAUCAUGACAGUUAAAUAAAUCUUAUUCUGGGCAAUUUCUCGAGAAAGAUAUAGUCUGUACAAUGUAUGUGAAACAUCACAUGUCAUCCAUAGCUGGAUCUGACAGCAUGAAUUUCUUGUAUGAAAUGUCCUCUAUUCAAGUGAAUGGUCUAGUCUGGCAGUGUAUUGUCUGUAUUCUGCUUAAUGUGUAAAUGUACUUGGGAACUUUGAUUCCCUCCAAAUGGCUUCCUAGACUGAUUGUACAGAUACUUGUUAUCUUUGCCCCUGUGAUGUACUUUUCAAACUGCGAACAUUGACUAUGAAGCAAAAAAAAAAGAAGAGUUGGGUUUUAAGCAGAGAGGGAAUGUCUUUCUUUGUAUCAUUUGAAUGUGUAGUAUAAUCAAACAGCUACUUUUAAUAGAUGGGGUUGAUCUUUUCAAAGAUGUAAGUCUUCCUUCUCUUUUCAGUGGUAUUCCUUUAUGUGUGAUGUGUAAAUGUGUCAUUGUUUUAAAUCUGAGAUGGGUUUUAGUUGAGAACCAAUUCUAACUGUACAUUUUUGUUUGUGCAUGUUACCUGUGAACAUGUCAAGCAUGACUAUGCACCAAUUCAUACAAUAGAUGUUGCAUCGCCUAACAACAUUUGCACAGAACAAGUAGCUGCAUUGGAAACAACCGAGGAUGUAGGCUUGUUUUGCAUUAGGUGCAAUACAGUACGUUAACUUCCUUGCUUGGACUUGUUGAUCUCUAUGAUUUGUAGAAUUUGAAAACAUGAUUGCAAAUUUGAAAGAUUUGGAGUUUAAAGGUUUUAUUUUUAUAAUUGCUUUGAUACAGACUGCAAAAAUAAUCUCUUGUUGCUUAUGGUUGUUUUAUUUUGUAUAACUUAAUGAAAUGAAAAAACAGAGUGACAACUACAGUGGGCCAAGCUGAGGUGGGGAGGGUGGCCAAAGCAGCAGUUUGUUUUUUAUUGUUACAGUGUUACGCCAUCUUAUUUUCUUUGUAUUGUUGCUCAUCGGCGAACUCUGAGCAUUUUCCUACCAAUGCAAUAAAAUAUUGAAAUAUUUGAUUUCAA